AAAGCAAAAUAUCUGUGCCACUGUUUGUCUUCUGAAAUUUUCAAUUUGAGCUUGAGAGCAUUUUAUGGAUAGAAUUUGGAAGUUAGAUCUUUCCAAAUAUUGGUUUAGAGGCCUUUGGAAUUUCAGAUACAGGAAAUAAGAAAGCUGAUUAUGCCACAGGAUGUGAGGUUUCUCAAGACAAGGUUUUGAUAAUAACCAACAGACGCCAUUUCUCAGUUUGCUUUGAGCACCGAAUCAGGAAGAUGCAGUGAUGGUGGGCGGCAGUGAGUGGCAUGAGCUGAUAGAGGAUGAGAGGAGACGGGUUACGAUGCAUCUACAGAUGGGGACUGAAAUGAUGGUGUAUCAGCAGAGGGCUGAAAGACUCACUGUCCAGGUCAUUAUGGAGAGCAUGCAGGUGGCAUUGAUACGCUCUGACGACAAGAUAGCCAGAUUGUUGGACAUUUUUGAGUUCAAGGAGGUUCGCCAGUGGGAGACAUUUAAAGAUUUCCAGAGAUUUAAUGAGAGCAGGGGCAGCAAAUUUCGACGAAUUUUUGGCCAAUCUGAAAAAGAGCUCCAGCAGGACAGCAGAACCUGUUUCACCAUCUUCUAUGGAUCUGAGUUUAUUUUAAAAUCCUUAAGUCUAAAAGCUGAUUCAGUGGAGGAUGCAGAGAAAUGGCUGACAGGACUGGAGUUACUCAGGCAAAAAACACUGGUGGCUCACACACCAGAGAUUAUAGAGUGUUGGCUGAUGAAGCAGAUGUACUCGGUUGAUCAAUCAAAGAAAAGCAGCAUCACCCUGAAAGAGCUCAAGUCUCUUUUGCCACAGAUGAACUUCACUGUACCAGGUGGACGUUUUCUGGAGGACAGAUUUGUGGAGGUGGAAGCAAAAGAUUAUUCCCUGGAUAUUCAGCAGUUUCACAAAUUCUACAAUUUUUUAAUGUUUGAAAACCAGAAGAUGUUGCUAGAAGAGUUUGAAAAAGGGCCUCCAGCUUUCAUAAGUAAUACUGAUAGUCCUGAAUUUUCUGUAGUUCUCCUCAAUGAUUUCCAAAACUUUCUUUUAUAUCGACAGAAGGAGGCCUGGGCCAAAGAUUUAAGUCAGGUUCAGGAGCUGAUGACCAUUUUCAUCGAAGACACCAUGAGGAAGACCAGCUAUCCAAUGCUUACUAUCGGAGAGUUCCUCAGUUUUCUCUUCUCCAAAGAGAACUCGAUUUGGGAUGAGAAGUUCUCAGAGAUUUGCCCUCUGGACAUGAACAAUCCUCUGUCCCACUACUGGAUCAACUCUUCUCACAACACAUAUUUGACUGGAGAUCAACUGCGCAGUGAGUCCUCAACGGAAGCUUAUGUGCGCAGCCUGAGGCUGGGCUGCCGCUGUGUUGAGUUGGACUGCUGGAAUGGUCCAGAUGAACCUGUCAUAUACCAUGGACGGACCAUUACCUCCAAGAUCAAGUUUAGGGAUGUGGUGAAGGCCAUCAAUGAUCAUGCUUUUGCAACGUCUGAGUAUCCUGUGGUGCUGUCCAUAGAAGAGCACUGUGACAUCAAGCAACAGAAAAUAAUGGCUCAGAUUUUACGUGAUGUUUUCCAAGACAAGCUCCUGACCGAGCCGCUGGAACCAGAAGCAGAUGAUCUGCCCUCACCAAACCAGCUGAAAGGCAAGAUCAUCAUCAAGCACCAGAAAAUAAAUGAGAGUAAUGACACCAAUAAGCUGGAGGAAGAAAAAGGAAACACAACUGUGAAAAUAAAAUUAGACAGCUUCAAGAAAAUUGGAAACACUUACAGGGAGAAGAUAAGAAAAGCUAAAGAAAACCGUGUAGUGGAGAAGGAAGGAGAGCUUUGCAUCUGGGAUCCAAUAGAUAAGAGGUUUUACAGGCAUGAUUGUGUGAUCUCAGAUAAUAAGCUAUACUAUUCCGAAGAGAAGUUGGAGGAAGACAGUCCUGAGGACGGCUCACAGCUGCACCUGUCAGAGCCCUGGUUUCAUGGACAGUUGGCUGAAGGCAGAAUAGCCGCUGAAAAACUCUUGUGUGAUUUCUGCAAAGGGAGGGAUGGAAAAGAUGGAACCUUCCUGGUGCGAGAGAGUGAGAGGUUCAUCAGAAACUACAAUAUCUCCCUCUGGACGAGCGGGAGAAUUCAGCACUACAGAAUUUUCUGUUCCUCAGAAAAUGGUCAAUGGUUCUUCUACUUGACAAUCAAGCAACGUUUUCCUAGUAUGUGUGCCCUGAUCAAGUAUUACACACAAAAUCCGAUCAAUUAUGAUCGAUUAAAUCUGCACCUCAACGGUUUUCUGCCUCGGCUCAAUUUUGUGCCUUUCCACCAAAUGGGGUGGUUUUACAGUAACCUGAGUCAAGCCGAAGCAGAAGACUAUCUUCUGAGGAUCCCUCGAGAUGGAGCCUUCCUCAUCAGACAAAGAGAAGAGCCUGACAGCUUUACCCUUUCCAUCAGAGUUGAAGGGGAUGUCGAACAUUAUCUGAUUUACCAACACAACAGCAAGUAUGUGUUGGCAGACGCCUAUGAGUUCGGUAGCCUUGAGGACCUGGUUAGCUGUUUCCGUGACAAGCUUUUCUACGGCAAGACAAAACUACGCUACCCCGUAACACCACAGUUAGUGGAGCGCUUCUGUAUGGUGGAUAUAUCUACAUGUGACAGCGAACAGUACAGUGAGGUUGCUAAAGACAAUCCUUUAGGCGACCGGUGUAAAGGUGUGGUGGACAUCUCAAAGUGUACUGUUGCAUGCAAAGCCAAGCAUGCCAGGCCCCUUGUGGUGACCCUUUUGAAUAGGGAGAAUCUGAAGCUAAUUGAGUUCACGUGUGAGAUCGUGGAGCAGGUGGACGAAUGGUACCAAGUGCUUCUGAGCAUCAUCCAAAACAAGCAGAGCUUGGGGAAAGCGAGAAGAGCAGAAAUGGAGUCAAAAACCAACAUAGCUGUUGAGAUGUCAGACAUGGUGGUAUACUGCCAGUCUAUCAAGAAAAAAACUUUUGAAAAUUACAACUACAAAGAGGUGCGUUCCGUUCCGGAUAACAUGGUUCCAAAAGAGGAGAAUGAAACCGCUGUGGAGAAGUCGGACAGCAUUCUGGAGUACAACCGCAAAGCGCUGACCCGUGUGUAUCCCUGCAGUGGGCGAGUUGAUUCCUCUAACUUUGACCCUUGUCCUUCAUGGAAACUAGGAUGCCAAAUGGUGGCUCUCAACUUCCAAACUCCUGAUAAAUUCAUGCAGCUAAACAGUGCUCUCUUCAGUCUGAAUGGAGGCACGGGUUACGUGCUUAAACCAGAGUGGAUGCGAGAUCCAACCAAGAAGAAGCCUGCUAAAAAAAACAUCAGAAUCAGAGUGAUGGCAGCUAGGCAUCUGCCCAGUCCAGACCACAUCGUCAGUCCUUUUGUGCAAGUUGAGCUGUGGCCGUACACAGGAGGUCAAGCAGACGACAACAGUUUCAAGACUACUCUUUUCAAGGACAACGGACUGAAUCCAGUGUGGCUGGGCCAAACGAAUCCAACCAGAUACUUUAAAGUAGAUGAGCCAGAUCUGGCCUUCCUUCGCUUUGUGGUUUUUGAGGAGGACACAUUCUCUGACGCUAAGUUUCUUGCACAGGCCACUUUUCCUGUUAGAGGUAUUCGUCAAGGGUAUCGGUCCGUCCCGCUGAAGAAUGGGUUUGGUGAAAACCUGGAGCUUUCAUCUCUUCUGGUGCAUGUGCAUCAGGCGGAGGUGAGGAAGGUGUAAAGUAAACAGCCAUAACCAAAAGGAACUAGCAGACGUUUCAAUGUGAAUAUGGUGAAAAGCAUGUGGUUUGGUCUUGUUGUUUGGAAGAUAAAUUUUACAUUCUGGAUCAAUGUGGAAAAGAAAUUGUAAGGACUGCAGGGCAGUUGCCGCGAGACUGAAAGAGAUCUAAAUAAACUUUGUAUAUUUGUAUUACAUAUAAAUGUGUAUAUUUGUUCACAUGCUCAUGUUUUGGGUCCAUACUGAUAAGAGAAUUUCCUUUUCUCUCUACUGUAUCAUUGUUAUCAAAAUAAUAUAAACAGUGUAUUUCCAAAUAUGAAAAACCAUUUUUUGAAGCAAAUGACUAAACUGUGGAAAGCACGGGUAAAACACGCCAAUAAAAAAGCUUUGAAAGCUUUCUAUUUGAAACAUAUUCACAGACAGUUUAUUCUGAUUGAAACUGGUUCACAUAUUAGGCUUGUUUUCCUGUUCUCAUUACAACAGCCACAGAGCAGCAGCAGCAGCAGCAACCCAGCUGUAGAUAGAAGCAGAAAAACACAGAAGAAAUAAGGGCAGCAGUUGUAUCUGCAAAAAACUCCAGGAGUCAUGGGAAACGUAGUUCAUUCUAUACGUACACACCUGUGACCCCACCCACAUCAUAUUAAGACUCAGUCUCAAUACAACAUUGAAAAAAAAAAGCGCUUUUCAACAAAAAUAAAAAAGCUGAAAUAAAUGAGGCAUAAUAUUGAUGAGACAUUGGAAACUCAAAUAGCACAGCGAGUUCCACAGGAUGUUACAAAUUGAUCAGGAAACAGUAAACUUAAGUAUAAACUGGAUUUCAACUUCAACAAAUUAACCAUCGUUUCUAAGAGCUGGCUUUUUUAAUCAUUUCUGAACAAAAUGAAGGCUGGGGGAAACCCAGCCCCCUCGUAUCCUUCCUUCCACAGAGAAAAAUGGUCUGCUUUUAGGACUAAAGACCAUUACAAUGUAUCUGUCACCUGACCAUGGCUUGAGUUUCACCAGUGUGUACAGAAUGGCACAGUUUCUAGUCCGCUCACGAACGCACCUUCAGAACACACUCCCAAUAUAUUCCAUCCGUUCACAUCGGACACGCACACUAACUCUGUCCAUCUUUCACUUUUAAAAAACAUGUACUGAUCCAUACGGUAAGUGGUUGAAGGGGCCUAGUGAUUUUACCCUUUAUUUUGAAUCUAUAUGAAAUUGCAAACAUGCAAAAAAAGAAACAAAACAGGCAACAAAAAUGGAUUAAACUUAUCAUACAGUCAAAAACACAAUGACAGUGCACUUGGUCUGGAGGCAGGAAAGGGAACAAAAAUAGGUGACUGUAUGCACACAUCUAAAAAAAAAAUAAAGGCAACAAAGAGUCUCCCAAAAACUUGAGAGAAAGAGAAAUGGGAAAUUAUAUACACUCAUAUGUACAUUAUACAGUAUGUAACUAUGCAAGUUGGCAGAACUCGAGUUGGUGCCAUUAUGGCACCUAGUUCUGAACGCCCCCCACCUCUGGACGGCAUCUAUAUCUGUGUGAAAUCAAACACACACACAACAUCUGGAACUACUGAAAACUGCUACUGUCAAGACCGGCCACAUGGACGGGACAGCAACUCUGUCUGGAUUUAGUUCAAAGUGUGAGUAGAGGCAGACACGCUUUGUAAACAAAGAAAACUCAAUUUAAGUUAAGACGGCAAAUUGAUCGUUUUAUUUUAGACCGUCUUUUUUCCCCCCAACAAGAUGCCCUACUGGUCAAGAUAUUUACUGUAACUAAUUACAGUGGUCAUGAACUAUAUGUCUGGAGAGACGCUGAUCACAAAAGCCGGAAAAGAUGAAAUAUAAAAAAGUUAAACUGAAUAAAAAGCCUUAAUAAACAGCACAAAUCUUGGCUGGAUUUGAUAUAAAUAUGCGGAACAUUGUCAACCGUUGUGGCAGGAAAAUUAUGGUGGACUCCUAUCGACCACUAGAGGCGAAGUUUACAGAGAAUAAUAAAGCCUGUUAAUCGGUUUAAAAGUUCAUCAUGUAUCUAUGUACAACUUAGCUGAUGUUGCUAGGUGAUGCAAUCUUUACAGAAAAAGUCUUAGGCACCAUCUUGGUUCAGUAUGCUUGACAAAAGUACUUAAGACCAGAAAGUGGGGCUCAUAAAUACACAGUAGUCCCAGACUACUUUCUGGACGAUGUUCUCUUAAAUACGGGUGUGAAAUAAAAAUUAUACUGUACAAUGUGGCUAAAAAAAAAAAGAAUAGAGAAGAGGAAGGGAAAGAAAAUGAACUUUUUUUUGUUGUUGAGGAAAGCCCCUGAAAAGUCCGCAUUAAAAAGGGAGAUAUGUUGAUUUUCUUUACAAACACACACUUAUAUGAAAGCAGUGUAUGGAAAAAUAUGCUUAUUCAAGUUGAUAAAAAAAAAAGAUUUUCAGAGUGAUAGAGAUGAACGUGAAUAUUGUUAACA